GCUCUGUUCUUAUAAAAUGGUUAUUCAUGACACUUGUUGUCACAAGGUACUAAAGAAAGUAUAGUAAGAAAAAUAGAAGAGAAUGGAGAAGAAUUUGUCCAAACCUUUCUCUGUUUUCUUGCUCUGGCUUUUGUCCCAAAGCGUUCUUGUUUGCUGUCAACUUGAUUAUAAAUUCUAUGAUUACACUUGUCCAAACCUCACAAAGAUUGUUACAUAUGGAGUUUGGUCUGCUAUUGCAAAUGAUACAAGGAUGGCAGCCUCUCUUUUGAGGCUUCACUUCCAUGAUUGCUUUGUCAAUGGAUGCGAUGGGUCCUUGUUACUGGAUGAUACCAGCACAUUUAAGGGGGAAAAAACUGCUUUGCCCAAUAUAAAUUCAGUGAGAGGUUAUGAAGUGAUUGAUGCUAUAAAGUCCAAUGUAGAGAAGGCUUGCCCAUCCACUGUUUCUUGCACGGACAUAGUUGCUAUGGUUUCUAGACACGCUGUUUAUCUUGCCGGAGGUCCUUAUUGGGCUUUGCCAUUGGGCCGUAGAGAUGGUAGAACGGCGGGAAGUGUGGACGAAGUAAGCCAGCAAUUGCCAUCACCUUUUGAGCCAUUGGACAACAUCACUGCCAAAUUUACUUCAAAAGGUCUCAACUUAAAGGACGUUGUUGUGCUCUCAGGUGCACAUACAAUCGGGUUUGCCCAGUGCUUCACAUUCAAGUCUAGGCUAUUCAACUUUGAUGGGUCAGGAAAUCCUGACCCCACACUGGAUGCAUCACUUUUACAAAAUCUGAGAAGCGUGUGCCCAAAUCAAGCCGAUUCUGACACCAAAUUGGCUCCUUUGGAUCCCAUCACCUCCACAAGAUUUGACAACACCUAUUUCAGAAACCUCCUCAACAAUUCUGGCGUUCUUCAAUCAGACCAGGCUCUUUUGGGUGACAAUACCACUGCUUCCAUGGUCAUCAACUACAGUAGGUUCCCCUAUCUCUUCUCUAGAGACUUUGGGGCUUCUAUGGUUAAGAUGUCCAAUAUUGAUGUUCUCACUGGGCAAAAUGGUGAAAUCAGGAAGAACUGUAGGGUCAUAAACUAAAUUUCAUGUAAAUUAUGCAUAUGUGAUAAUUAAUCAUCCCAAAUGUGUGUUAAUUUAUAUUUAUAUUUGCUGGUUUGUAUGGGAGUUUCUGGUGUUUCGCAGCUAGCUAGUUCAGGUUAACGAGUAGUUACUAAUAUUAUUAAUAGGAUGAAGAGAUUUAAAACUUGAAAUUAUUAUCCAACCAACCAAUAGCUUUGCCACUAUGUUGUUUUCAUGGAAGCUAUAUUAAUUUAGUUAUUCUUGUAAUUUGUACUUAUCAAAUAUUGGGGUAUAGGCAUGAUUCAAGAAAUUAAACAAUAGAAUGUGACAAUUUGAUACA